AACCUACAGUGCAGUACACCUAUAUUUCAUUUGUGUCAUUUGUCAAAAAUAGUUGAAAUUUCUCUUGUAGAAACAGUUCCAGUUGAAAAACUUCCCAGUGUUUUGCCCAUAAACAUUGCUAAAAAGAUACAUGCUGAGCUCAGGUCAUAAAUAGCCUUACCACUUCCUCAUAGGCACAUUUUGCAAAAUGGCGCUCGUCAUCCUACUCUGUGCCGUGUCUCUGCUGCAUUCAUGUGAAGCACAAGAGCCCAGAGCUGAGACUCCUGUGUUUGUGAAGAAGGGAGAGGACGUGUUUCUGAAUGUCACAAUAGCUAAUGUUAAUGAUACAGAUUUAGUUUUCUGGAGAUUCAAAAAAAGUGUUAAUUUAGUACGAUUUGAUGCUGCUGCAAAACCAACAAUCUUUAGUGGUUACUCUGGAAGGAUUGAGGUCCUUGAGAAAUACUCUGUGAAACUGAAGAAUCUACAAGAGGCAGACAGUGGAGUUUAUGCUGCAGUACUGUCUGGGAGUGAAGACAAACAAAUAACUGGAUACAAGAUCACAGUCCAAGAUCCAGUGUCUCCAGUUAUUCUGUCAGUGGACUCUGUGUCCAGCAGCUCAGUCUGGUGUAACCUGACAGUGAGCUGCAGAGCACAGGACUCUCACAUUAACAGCACCUUUAGAUGUGACACCCACACCUGCAGUCAGGAGGGAGGAGAGAGACAACAGGUCACACCCUCUGCUUCUGCUCUCCAUGUCUACCUGUCCAAUGGCUCCAUCAUCUGUAACCAUAGCAACCAGGUCAGCUGGACAAAGGACAUGAAAACAAUUAAAACUCUCUGCCAACAUGAUGGUCAUGAUCCAUCCACCAAUGCCAUCUCUGUGGGUGCUGGUGUUGGCAUAGGCAUCCUUCUCUUCCUAUGUGUUGCAGCAUUAGUAGCAGCAGCAUUUUGUUAUCAUCAAAAGAAAGGACAAGAUACAAGAGAGAUCCGGGAGAAUACAGUAUAUGAAGUUCCCCAGGUCCUACCUACAGCUUUAACUCAGAGUUCAACAGUUGAAGGUCUUUCGCCGACCUCCACCUACUGCUUGGUAGGGCCUCACACUGCAUCUCUGGAUUCCAGGCCGACUCUGCCAGAGAGUCUGUAUGCUCAGGUGGAUAAGCCUGGCAGAAUCUUGAACAAGUAAUCAGCAGGGUAUUACACAUAUACUGCGCUGGCUGCAAUUUACAGUUUAGCUCUCGAUGUUAACAGUAAUGUAAGUUAUAUGUGAGCUGCUCUGGUAUGGAAAGACUUCUCCAGAGGUGGGUAGUAACGAGUUACAUUUACUCCGUUACAUUUAGUUGAGUAAGUUUUUGAAAAAAUUGUACUUUUUAGUUUUAAAGGAGUAGUUUUAAAUCACUAUACUUUUACUUUUACUUGAGUAGAUUAGUGAAGAAGAAACUGUACUCUUACUCCGCUACAUCAGGCUACAAU